AACAAAUAUUCUCUAUAUUUUACGCUUCUCAUCACCAGUUGCCAAGCUCUCCUCCCGCCUUUGUUCUGCUGAUUUACUUGCUACCUGUCAGCUCCAUCUAAUAUUAGCAAAGCCAAAAAUAUAAUAUUUCUGGUUAGAAUGGCAUCCACAUCACGACACGAGGAGUACCAAUACCUCGAUCUCGUUCAGGAGAUAUUAGAUCAUGGCGAGCGACGACCAGACCGAACUGGUACCGGGACAUAUUCCAUCUUCGCCCCACGACCACUCAAGUUCAGCCUCAACGACAAUGGCAAGCCGAUCCUACCGCUAUUAACUACGAAGCGUGUGUUCCUGCGCGCCGUCGUUGCCGAGCUGCUAUGGUUUAUUGAAGGGAAUACGUCGUCGACCUCACUCAGCGCGCAGGACGUUAAGAUCUGGGAUGGUAAUGGGUCGCGAGAAUUCCUCGACAACUUGGGAUUCAAGGAGCGCGAAGUUGGUGAUCUAGGUCCUGUCUAUGGCUUUCAAUGGCGCCACUUCGGCGCUGAAUACGUAGAUGCGCGCACAGACUACACCGGCCAAGGCGUUGAUCAACUAGCCGAACUCAUCCACAAGUUGCGCACUAAUCCCUACGAUCGCCGCCUAAUUCUCUCCGCUUGGAACCCCGCCGACCUGAAGAAGAUGGUCCUGCCGCCAUGUCACAUGUUCGCGCAGUUUUAUGUUUCAUACCCGAGACAGAAUAGGGAAGGGGAGAGUGACGGAGAGGAGAAGCCGAAAGGCCACCUUCACUGUCAGCUAUACCAGCGGUCUUGCGACAUGGGACUCGGCGUCCCUUUCAAUAUCGCGAGCUACGCGCUGCUCACGCAUAUGAUAGCACACGUGUGCGACCUCGUCCCCGGUAGUCUCACGCACGUCAUGGGCGACGCACAUGUUUACAUCGACCACGUUGACGCCUUGAAGGUACAGUUGGAGCGCGAGCCGCGGCCGUUCCCGGAACUCCAGUUAAAGCGCGAUACUGGCGGCUCGAUCGACGGGUGGAAGGUGGAGGACAUUGUGGUCCUGAAUUACGAUCCUCACAAGACGAUCCCUAUGAAGAUGUCUGUCUAACUUGGGAUAUAUAUAGAAUUACUUAGGCGUUAACUAGACGUAUCUUGAGUAUCGGGUCCCCAGAGAACAGGCACGCAGCUCAAGACAAGAUCUAAUACGAUAAUGAAUAUAUUAUGUGGGAAUGAUAGAUGAGGAAUAAAAUCUGAUAGAGGCAAAGCGCAACGCCAGAAGAUGCGACGCCGGAAAAGCUAGAAGAGCUGAAUAUAUUACUAUAUCUUCAUUAUAGAAUUAGUAGAAAGAAGAAGGGACCGGGGCCGAGUCUACCGGGUUAUAUCCCAUGAACUGAUAAGUUGUUUAUCAUCGCGAUUUCCUCA